UUCCAGGUUUUCCGCUUCCGCUCCCGCUCCGGGUUUCCGUCCCGGGCUCCUUCUCCUGCUGCCACUCCAAGUUUUCCGUCCGGGGCUCUCGUUCCCGCUCCCGCUCCGGGUUUUCCAUCCGGGGCUUUCGUCUCUGUUCCAGGUUUUCCGCUCCCACUCCGGGUUUUCCAUCCGGGGCUUUCGUCUCUGUUCCAGGUUUUCCGCUCCCGCUCUGGGUUCUCCAUCCGGGGCUCUCGUUCCCGCUCCCGCUCUGGGUUUUCCAUCCGGGGCUUUCGUGUCUGUUCCAGGUUUUCCAUUCCCGCUCCGGGUUUUCCAUCCGGGACUUUCGUUUCUGUUCCAGGUUUUCCGCUCCCGCUCCGGGUUUUCCAUCCGGGGCUUUCGUGUCUGUUCCAGGUUUUCCAUUCCCGCUCCGGGUUUUCCAUCCGGGACUUUCGUUUCUGUUCCAGGUUUUCCGCUCCCGCUCCGGGUUUUCCAUCCGGGGCUUUCAUCUCUGUUCCAGGUUUUCCGCUCCCGCUCAGGGUUCUCCAUCCGGGGCUUUCGUUUCCGCUGAUGUGAAUAUGGACGAAUCGUACGUGUGCCGUGACCUUCCAAAUACCCUGAGAAAUACACUCAAGUCAGCAAAGCAUCUUCCAAACACCACUGAGUUCAGAAACGAACCGAGACCUGUACCCGAGGAACGUGCUGAACCUCGUGCUCGUUACUGGCGACUGCGGCAUGUUCCAUCAGAACGCUGAGCAAACCCGUGAGUUCCGGGGCCUGCGGAGGCAGCUGAGAACUGAGGAACCGUUUUCCAAAAGUGCGGCUCUCGAAUUGUUUCUCACAUUGACCAAGCCGUGGGUCCUUUGUCCAGAGGCCGGACCGCACAUGAACCCCGAUGACAGGGCACCUUGUUUCUGACCAGUCAGGACGCACAAGAGGCCUGGCACCUGCACAACAGAGCUCCACGGACAUUCCUUUCCUGCAAAGAGUGGAGGCCACUCCACCUGCUGGCAUCUUGACCGGGUAUCAGAGCGUGGAGUCAGCUUAUAAGGCGGGUAACUGAGUCCCUGUGAGGCAAUUGCGGUGACAUUUCAGAAGAGUCACAGCCACAGAUAAAGUACCCAACAGUGCAGGUGGCCGAGAAGAGAAAGGAAAGGUCAGUUGUAAAGCUUUUCAUUUUUCCAUUUUCGGAGAGAAAUCCAUCAUUGAAACUUGAACGUGGUCCAGCAGAGGCUGUCCUUUGGGCCGUUGUGGCAGGUCUGGGUGGCGUCUCUUAGCAAGGCUGGCUGGCUGACUGGUGACCUCGGCUGGAACGCGUGGGUCCUGUACGGUGGGUUCACAGGUCAUCGUCCCCUGAGACACAUUCCUCCACACGGGCUCACUGGUACUACCUGCUUAACAAAAUUACCGGCUCAAAGUAGCCACAGAACCCCCAAGAUAAGAAAACAAGGGUUUGAAGUAGAAAUGGUGGAUUUUGAGUCUUCGGUUUUGUCUUAACAACUUGAUUCUGAAAUCAUUUUGUGGACAUAACAAUGUUGUAAGAAAUAGGCGUUUAGGGGUUUUAUUUAUCACUUUUUAAAAGGCUAAGUUUCUAAUAGUGUUCACUUUUUGCCACACGGAUGUAUUAGGGGAAUCAGAUGUUUUUCAUUCCCAAUCAUUAUUCCUAGUUAGUCGAUACUGUGUGACAUUAACAGACAUUUAAAUGGGCUGUUACUGAGACACUUUGGCAAGAGGAGCAGCCAAUGUAAAAACUCUGCCUUUGAAUCACCAGGGACUGGGGGGCCUGCUCAGUGUUGCAGCUUCUGUGCAUCUCCCGACACGGACGCGACUCUGCCCCACAGACCCCAGGUCUGUGAGAGCCGCCUGCCGCACUGGAGGCUGCGUGAGUCUGCGGGGAGCGGUUCCCACGGCCUGGCCGCUGCUUGACUGCACACUCUGUUUCCUUCCAUUAAUUUUAGAAUGAGAACACUCGCUGUCCUGGCUGCCACGCUGGUUAUGGCCUGCACGGAAGCCUUCUUCCCUUUCAUCUCGAGAGGCAAGGAACUCGUCUGGGGAAAGCCUGCAGAGUCUCACAUUGCCAGCAUCCUGGAGGAAAGCAAGUGCCUGGUAGACACCGCCAUGUACGCCACGAUGCAGAGAAACCUCAAAAAGAGAGAAAUCCUUUCCCCAGCUCAGCUUCUGUCUUUUUCCAAACUUCCUGAGCCAACAAGUGGCGCGAUUGCCCGAGCAGCAGAGAUAAUGGAAACAUCAAUACAAGCGAUGAAAAGAAAAGUCAGCCUGGAAACCCAGCAGUCACAGCACCCCACCGAUGCUUUGUCAGAAGGUCUGCUGGGCAUCGUUGCAAACAUGUCUGGAUGCCUGCCGUACAUGCUGCCGCCAAAAUGCCCAAACACUUGCCUGGCCAACAAAUACAGACUCAUCACAGGAGCGUGCAACAACAGAGACCACCCCAGAUGGGGAGCCUCCAACACAGCCCUGGCUCGAUGGCUCCCCCCAGUCUACGAGGACGGCUUCAGUCAGCCCCGAGGCUGGAACCCUGGCUUCCUACACAACGGGUUCCCCUUGCCCCCGGUCCGGGAGGUGACAAGACAGGUCAUUCAAGUUUCAAACGAGGUUGUCACAGACGAUGACCACUAUUCCGACCUCCUGAUAGCAUGGGGACAAUAUAUCGACCAUGACAUUGCAUUCACACCGCAGAGCACCAGCAAGGCUGCCUUCGAGGGAGGGGCUGACUGCCAGGUGACUUGUGAGAACCAAAACCCAUGUUUCCCCAUACAGCUCCGCGAGGAGGCCCGGCCAGCUGCGGGCCCCGCCUGCCUGCCCUUCUACCGCUCAGCCGCUGCCUGCGGCACUGGGGAGCCGGGCACGCCCUUCCUCGGGAACCUGUCGGAGGCGCCCCCGCGGCAACAGGUGAACGGGCUGACCUCGUUCCUGGACGCGUCCACCGUGUACGGCGGCUCCCCGGGCCUGGAGCGGCAGCUGCGGAACUGGACCAGCGCCGAGGGGCUGCUCCGCGUCCACGCGCGACACAGCGACUCCGGCCGCGCCUACCUGCCCUUCGCGCCACCACACGCGCCCGCGGCCUGCGCGCCCGAACCCGGCGCCCCGGGAGCGGCCCGCGGCCCCUGCUUCCUGGCCGGGGACGGCCGCGCCAGCGAGGUCCCCGCCCUGACGGCGCUGCACACGCUGUGGCUGCGGGAACACAACCGCCUGGCCGCGGCGCUCAAGGCCCUCAACGCGCACUGGAGCGCGGACGCCGUCUACCAGGAGGCGCGCAAGGUCGUGGGCGCCCUGCACCAGAUCAUCACCCUUAGGGACUACGUCCCCAGGAUCCUGGGACCCGAGGCCUUCCGGCAGUACGUGGGUCCCUACGAAGGCUAUGACUCCACUGCCAACCCCACUGUGUCCAACGUGUUCUCCACGGCUGCCUUCCGCUUCGGCCAUGCCACGAUCCACCCGCGGGUGAGGAGGCUGGACGCUGACUUCCAGGAGCACCCUGACCUGCCCGCGCUGUGGCUGCAUGAGGCAUUCUUCAGCCCUUGGACACUUCUCCGAGGGGGUGGUUUGGACCCGCUAGUACGAGGCCUCCUCGCAAGACCAGCCAAACUGCAGCUGCAGGAUCAGCUGAUGAACGAGGAGCUGACGGAAAGGCUCUUCAUGCUGUCAAAUUCCAGCACCUUGGACCUGGCGUCCAUCAACCUGCAGAGGGGCCGGGACCACGGGCUGCCAGGUUACAAUGCGUGGAGGGCGUUCUGUGGCCUGCCGCGCCUGGAGACCCCCACUGACCUGCACGUGGCCAUCGCCAGCAGGAGCGUGGCCGCCAAGAUCCUGGAAUUGUACAAGCACCCUGACAACAUCGAUGUGUGGCUGGGAGGCUUAGCUGAAGACUUCCUCCCUGGGGCCCGGACAGGUCCCCUGUUUGCCUGUCUCAUUGGGAAGCAGAUGAAGGCACUGCGGGAUGGUGACUGGUUUUGGUGGGAGAACAGCCACGUCUUCACGGAUGCACAGAGGCGUGAGCUGGAGAAGCACUCCCUGUCUCGGGUGAUCUGCGACAACACCGGCCUCACCAGGGUGCCCGUCGAUGCCUUCCAAGUCGGAAAAUUCCCUGAAGACUUCCAGCCUUGCGACAGCAUCCCUGGCAUGAGCCUGGAGGCCUGGAGGGAGGCCUUCCCUCCAGAGGACAAGUGUGGCUUCCCAGAGAGUGUGGAGAACGGGGACUUCGUGCACUGUGAGGAGUCUGGGCGGCGCGUGCUGGUGUAUUCCUGCCGGCACGGAUAUGAGCUCCAGGGCCAGGAGCAGCUCACCUGCACCCAGGAAGGGUGGGAUUUCCAGCCUCCCCGCUGCAAAGAUGUGAACGAGUGUGCAGACAGUGCCAACCCCCCCUGCCACGCCUCCGCGAGGUGCAGAAACACCAAGGGAAGCUUCCGGUGCCUCUGCGAGGACCCCCACGAGUUAGGAGACGAUGGGAGGACCUGCAUAGACUCCAGGAGCCUCCCACGGGCGUCUUGGGUCUCCAUCUCGCUGGCUGCUCUGCUGAUCGGAGGCUUGGCAGGUCUCACCUGGACAAUGAUUUGCAGGUGGACAGUGAUGGGAAGGAAGGCCGGGACACUCACAGGCUGCCGAGAGCCCUCUGAGGGCAAAGUGGCACCAACACUGAAUCCCGGAGAACAGCUUCGUGUUCCCAGAGCCACCAGUACAACUGUUUCCCAAACACAGGCAAAUUAGGGUCAUGUAGUUACUCUCGACACAGAUGAAUAAAUACUCUCACUGCGUCUGUCCAGCCUUUUCUCGUAAACAUUGAUCUGUUCCCUCCCGAGCCGUUACACUGUACUGAUAGAUGACACACCUUUACCUCAUGAACCCUGGAAACGUCACUCUUGCCACCAUCCUGUCUCCUCCGCCUUCUGGCAUCUCCCACGCUGUGUUCCCCUUCACUCUGCCUCGGAGGUCCCUCAGGGACACACGCUUCCAUACCCUCUGCCCAUCUCCAGGUGCCCGCGUUGGGCUUCCCUCUUCUCCUGGAAAGGGCACUCCUGGCUCCUGCAGGGCCGGUGGGAGGAGGAAAGGGAUUCUGUGGGAGAGGCUGGAACCUUAAGGACCAAAGAGGCAAAGUGACUUGACUCAUCCUCCGGAGAUUCACCAACAGGUGAGCCUCAGACCCGCCCUGUGGCAUGCUGUUCUCACUCCCCGCUCUUCCCCCUCACUCAUGGGGAACGCAGCCAUGAUCCCGGAGGAAACCCCUCCCUGACUCAGUGUCCUCAUUUCACAUGUGAAGCAGCUGAAUUCCAGAGCUGGGUCCCAACCAGGCAC